AUGGCUCACUCUCGCGACCGAGAGAACCCUGCGUCACCGAGGUCGUCCGCUGGUGGCGCAGAAUCCUUCAAAGGAACACCCGAGACACGACUGACGGCAUUCUCACCUGAAGAUGGCUCUGCAAAGUCUUCAAAGCUUCUCCAAGGCCUUGUGCGCUCCUCGUCGGCCACGCCACCUGUUGGCCUGCCUCCCGGCACCUAUCGCGGCUCCGCGGGCCACUUGGACAAAGACCCCUUCGUCACUCCUUCCCAUCGAUCUGAGAGCCGACUGUCCCCAACUGCGUCAGCGUUUAGCCCUUUCGCAAACACCAUCAGCGUCCCCUUGCCCAACAACACAGGUCCACUUGCGACGGGGCUGAGCACUGAUUUGGGUGUAUCUCGACACUUGGACAUCUCCUCGGCAACAUCUCUUACCGUGUCCGAAGUGAACUCCUGGCUUUGUGACGUGGAGGCCCAUGGGGAUCCCCCGCAUGGGACUCGCGUCUUCGACUCUUUCGAAGGGCAUGUUUACAUCCGCUUUUCGGAUAUCAGAGAUGCCUGCUCAGCGUAUUCCAGUAUUCGACUGGCUGGCGCGACCUGGCAAGUAGAAUACGCGGAUUCCGGCCCUACUGCCCAGGAUGACCGUCUACGCCACGACAGCAGACUUCCGUAUCCCGCGCAAGUGAAUGUGCUUGCUGUCGUCCCACAGCAUGUCGUUGCAGACGCACUUCAAGUCACCGAUGUUGUUCAACGAUUGCUACAGUCGCAUGGACGUCUGUUUGCGUUCAUCAAACGCUCAACUUUCCCCAACGGAUCGUUUACGGCUGUGGCUGAAUUCUGCGAUAUUUCUGCGGUCGCCCCAGCAGUGUCGAGCUGUAAUGACCGCUACACCGCUGAGGGGCUGCACAUCAUCGUCUCAGCGUACGAUACUGACGCGACAGCAAUCUCUGACCUCACUGGAGCACUGCAUGGCCUUGCUCUGCACAAGGCACCCCAAAGUCCCGCAAGGCACAUCGGUGGGGUUCACUCGGCACUCAACAGUCAUACGGGGCAAUCGGACAUGCGUGUACAACCCCAGUUCGCCAUGUAUCCCCUGGUGUUCCCGUCGCCAUUUGCCGCCAACGUUCCGUACAUGCUGGAACCGUUCCUCCCAGUCAGCGACCCUGGACCAGUGUCCCCAAUGCCUCCUGUGUCCCCUUCUUAUCCAGUCCUCGGUCAAUUGUUCCACACGCCGCCGUCCCCGGCUCUCACGUCGCACAACAGCUACAGCCCUUCUCGGCCGCUCUCGGGGUUUCAUAGAGGCGAUGCUCGAAGACAGAAUGCCAUGCGCGUCAAUCGGUCUCCCUACCAUAACAUCUCGAGCCACCACAACCACGUCGAUAUUAGCCGGAUCCGGGAGGGUAUUGAUGUGCGGACAACGAUCAUGCUGCGAAAUAUCCCCAACAAAGUCGAUCAGGCAAUGCUCAAACGAAUCAUCGACGAGUCCAGUUGGGGAAAAUAUGACUUCAUGUAUCUGCGCAUCGACUUUGCCAACGACUGCAAUGUUGGUUAUGCCUUCAUCAAUUUUGUCGAUCCCCUGGACAUAAUUGAUUUUGUCGAAGCGCGAGGAAAUCAGCGUUGGAACUGCUUCAAGAGCGACAAGGUCGCCGAGAUAUCUUACGCCACCAUACAAGGGAAGGAUUGCCUGGUGCAAAAGUUCCGCAACAGCUCCGUGAUGCUCGAGGCGCCUCAUUACCGGCCAAAGCUCUACUUCACCUCGAACGGCCCAAUGCCAGAGUUGGCGGGACAGGAGGAGCCAUUCCCAGAACCUGACAACCAGUCCAAGAUGAAGCGAAGCUGUGAGAAUGCGGAGCACGUCGGUCUGUUCACGCCUAACGCCGGCCAGCACUUCCGCGAUGAGCAGCGUCGCCGCCGUUCGCAAUACGACCGCGGCACUCGCCUUGCCGCCUUAGAGGAAUACGACUAUGAGGCGGCUAUCCAACACAUGUAUGGCACGACUGCACAGUGA